AUGGCCGCAGCCCAACCGAAAACACCCCAAACGCCAUUACUAUUCGGUCUUUCUAUGAGCGACAUGAACAACACACUUACCGUUAAUAUACCGAAACAAGCGGCUUCUUCGCUUCCUAACUCGCCCUCGGUUCUGAGUCAAAUGUAUCCUAAACACAAUGAAAAUGGAUAUUUGAAUAUACCAAGUAUUAUAACCUCAAGAGAGGGAGGAAGUAUGAGCGUAAAUAGCCUGAGCAAUAAUAAUAUGAAUAACGGUAUGGCUAGCAGUGUAUCUGACUCUUUCACUCUUCUCGGUAACGAAGCCGGAAAGAACCAAAUACACCAGGCGAUCUCUGCUCCUGUGACGCCCACCAGCAGUGGAUUCGGUCAGCCUCCGAGAAGAGGAGGUAAAGGGAAUGGAAUGAAUAAUGGCAAUGGAAACAAUGGCAAUAAUGGCAAUAAUAACGAUGGAAAGCCUACUGGACCAAAGAGUAAUAGUAAUCUAGCCCACAUCCCUUGCAAAUUCUACAAAAGCGGCGCAUGCACUGCUGGUAAGAACUGCGUCUUCUCCCACGAGAAAAACCCGUCACCCGACAACUACGUAUGUAAAUAUUACAUAAAAGGCAACUGCAAAUUUGGAUCAAAGUGUGCGCUAUCCCAUGCUACUCCCGCCGAUAGAAAAAACCCUCGAUCCAAUAAACAACAAACCCAGAACAUAUCCCGUCUUAAUGGAAACAACAACAACAACAGCAACAACAACAACAACAGCAACAGUAAUAACAACACAAACAACACAAGCAACAACACAAACAACACCAAUGGCAUUAAUAUUGGAAUCAACAGUAUGAUGGCUAAUGCCAACAUCCCGGAAAUCAGAUCACCAGCAAUGCCACCGAAUGGAUAUUCAGAUAACGACUUUCCACCAAUGAAUUCACCCAGUUCGUUUUCUCGCAUUCCGAUAGUCAAUGGCGAAUUCUCAGCUACUCGUCAUAUGAGUCAACUGACAGCCUCACUGACAUCGUAUCCAGAGGACAUGAACGUACGAACUCCAGUUUCACCUCAGUUUGGAGAUCAUCUGACCGCUCCGAUGCAGAUACACGCCGCACAUCGGCGCUCGCUUCCCGACAUCUUUCGUUAUCCUCAAGACGCAUAUGGCACUAGUCCAUAUCAACUAUCAAAGCCGCUUUACAUUCCUGUUUCAAUGACUCCUGAUAAUAACCUCUUGUCCCCAACUAUGAACGGACCGCUGCAGAGCAUUCCCGAGAAUUGUGCUCAGCAUGAUGAUAUCCUGGAUGAUAGUAUUCUGUUUGACUAUGAAGAAUUUCUGCCAUCGUCGUUGAACGAUCUGUUGACACCGGUGGAAAGAGAAAGGAGAAGAAGCAGACAAGAAGAAACGUUCGAACCUUCACGUCGUAUAUUCCCACCCAAUCUACGACCGCUUCCGGUUGAUACGACGCAUAAAAACAUGUACAACAACAACAUCGACCCAUCUCACAUCCAUCCAUUUGUCGGUCGAUCGUUACCGCACGGAGUAAGUCUCGGGCUUGCUGCAAACUAUCUUCCCAACAAUGCCGACUCGACUCACUUGUCGCCGACCGCUCAGUACGAAUUCAAUCCAACGAUUCGAUCUCCUACUUCUCCGUCUUCCACGAUGAAUCCGUUUUCGCCAGUCGAUACUUGGCAUCCACUUCUCUCGAAUACUCCUCACCAUACUUCUCCGACGACUUCCUCUCAUCACCUUCCAAACCCGUUUACCUUGCCUGACCACCGAUCGCAUAGCUAUGCGACUCCUGCUAUAAAUAUCCCAUCACAUGAUAUGUAUUCGCCUACGUCACCAAUAUUUCAUGACCCAGUUAAAAGUCAAAAAAAUGGAGGCAACGGUUUGGGAAGAAUGCUCACCCCUGAUCCAUUCCCAACGGUUACUCCUUUCUCUCCCGACGACGAUGUCCAGUUCCAAUUUUACAUGGAAGACGACAAAGGAGAGUUAGGAGAAGUUGUGCAUAGUGGAGAAGGUGCUCUUGAAGACAAGGACGGAGUUAGUAAUGUCGAACAUGGUAGUAUCAACACGAACGGAACUGCGACUGUGGCCGCAACCGGAAGUGAGAAAACGGAACAAGACGAGUCGUCUAAACAACGGCUAAGCUAUUCAGAUAUUACUAAAACAGGAAUUAAAGACUCCGGUGCUGCUGGAGGUAUUAGUAUUGACUCUCGCAGAUAUGAGCCGCUAUGUCCCUUUGCCAUGGCAGGAAUCUGUAGAUACGGUGAUAGAUGUCGUAAUCUACAUGGAUUAUCAUGUCCCAAGUGUCGGAAACUAGUCUUGCAUCCGCGGGGGUCUGCCGAGGAACAUCAAGCACAUAUAUCAAGUUGUAACCCGAUUACUCAGGAAGAUAUUGAAUGUGGAAUAUGUUAUGAUAGAGUACUCUCCAAACCCGAUGCACGUUUCGGUCUUUUGAACUGUGAUCAUGCAUUCUGUCUAUCAUGCAUCCGUCAAUGGCGAAGCAAUAACACAAUGAACAAUCAAGUCAUCCGAUCAUGUCCAGUUUGCAGAGUAACUACAUAUUUUGUGACUCCUAGUUUGCGCUGGAUUAACAAUCGGGAAGAAAAGGCGAGAGUUGUUGAAGAGUACAAGCGGAAGUGUAGGUUCUUUACCUUUUUAUUCUUCACUGCCUCUGUUGUCUCUGCUAAUCAACAAUUGUGUUUCCAUACCUUUGAAUUACCAAUCCAACAACCUCAGUACAAUUUCGUAACUGUUUGCAAUGGCGAGGAAGUAAAAGUAAUAAAUAAAGUGCGACUGUGGGAUUUUGUCGAGGAUUGGGCGCAAGGACAGUAUUAUGAUCAGCGCGGUACCGAACAAGAUGGACCCGAAGAGGACGACGGUAUUGAGUGGGCUGGAAAUGAAGAUGGAGGGGAUGGGACGGAUGGACUGAAUGCCGACGAAGAUAAAGAGGCUAACGAGGUUGAAAGCGACGUUCGGGCGAACGUGAAUAGUUCAAGUAGUGGAGGACGUCCGUUGAAUCCAUAUUUGCCAGAGUUUGUUCCGCUUAAUCGAGGGGGAGGAGGAUCGUGA